AUGGCUGCGGAAGAUUGGGGUGCUCUUGGGGUUGCGCUCGAUUUUCCGGUGACGACGGUGUACCACAUGUCAGACCUGCGCCCAUCGGUCGCCCUAUUAAGAUUAGCCAGGUGCUCAAGCGGCCCGUGCACAAACAACGACCAACUCGACCUGCGCAUGGACAAGCUUACCGGCUGUCCCGACGAGGCUGUGCUCGCGAUUGCCGAGACCGCCGCGCUUGCGCACUGGAAGAAAUCAUCGGGCCCCGGCGCUGACGAGCACACGCGGCAUACGGUCGCCAGUAUCUGGCGCGAGACGGCUGUGCUGUACCUGCACACCGUCAUCAGUGAUGCCCACCCAGGCGUCCCCGAGAUCGUCAAGGCGACGAACCUGGACACCUGGACUACGGAACCGAACGGCGCGGCCACGAACUAUUCGCGGAGGGCACCGCGCGCGGACACCCGACUCCCUACGUUCGUGAGCAGACCACCGCCCUCAGGCGGAACGCGAAUCGUCUUCGCCUGCCAUGCCGUCAGCCAGGGUGGUUCGUUGCCCGACACGCGGACUGAGGACGCGCAUGACCGCGCCGGGCAGCUCUCGUUUGUGCAACCUCCUCGGCCUGUUUGGCGUGUCGUAGCGGAUAUGGCGACGAGGCGAUCGGGGACGUCUGCCGGCAGCGGUCCCGAAGAGCUCGCAGACGAGCACGAACAUUCGGCGUGGCGGAGACGAGGCGGCGGUUAG